UCCUUUCUGCCUCCAUUGCACUUUUCCCGCAACAAACAAGUGUGGACCUCGGUGGGUGUACGGCACAGCACUUUUAGCAACUAAAAUGCCCAAACGAGCGUGUCCGUUUCCGGAAACCUUUUCUUCCCAAUAUAAAAUACACAUUGGGCAACAGGAGCUGAAUAAUUAUGGCGUGUUUGGGAACAAAUACAGGCAAGAAAUAUACGAAAAGACAAAAAGCUUACUCUUUAACGGUGCUAAGGCAGUGAUGGGUAAAAUUUGGACUGGAGAGGAGAAGGCCAUAGAGCAUGAGCCACCUGCGUGCAGCCAUACACUCCUGAGAGGGCAGACACUGAUUGGACAUGAUGGGAGACUCACCAAAGCAAGUGCUGCACAAGGUGCACCAGUGGCUGCCACACGUUGCUGUGUGUGUCAGAAGAGCCAGGGGUCCAGAACACCGUGCUCACAGUGUGAACGACAGGUCUGUUCCUCCUGUAGGCGACAGUGCUCCCGCUGCUCCAGCCUCUGUUGCUCCGUUUGCACCAUCGUAGAUUACAGCGGACGAUAUGAUGAAGUACUGUGCUGCGGUUGCUCAACGUAAAGGAAGACCAAAUGAUGAAUCAGAUGUUUAUAUGUGUAGUUGCCUCAUAUGAAUUUUACUGAGACUGCAUUUUAUACCUGUAAUGUUUUUAUGUGAUCCAGAUGUUUUGUAAAUAUGUCUGUCAUUAUGAAACUAACCGAAAUAAAC